AUGGCGACGGACAUUGCUCCGUCCGGGGGCCGCCCCGGUAGCGGCGCCGGCAAGGAGGCGGCGGAGGCAGCGAUGACACCGGACCCGGCGCCACUUCCGCUGCCGCCAACGACCACGAAGGCGACGACGGGCACGGAAACGACGGCGGCGACGGCAGCCACCACACCGGGGCCGAAGGCCGUGGCGUGGGCCAAAAAGGCGCUCAGUCUCGUGCUGGCACAGUGGCUGAUCAUCGGCUUCGGCCUGGCCUGCGUGCUGGCCUAUUUCUUCCCUUCCGUGGCCGCUCAUGGCGGUACGAUUCGCUCCGAGUACAGCAUCCUAUACGGCGCCGUGGCCUUCAUCUUCCUCGUCAGCGGGCUGCAGCUCGCUCCCGCAAAGCUGCGCGAGAACGCGACCAACUGGCGACUACACAUCGUGGUGCAGGGCAUCAGCUUCGUCGUCUUUCCGGCCGCCGUCCUGGCGAUCGUGCACAUCUCCCUCGCCGCCGGCGCCCUGCGCUCCCACACCCCCGCCCUCCCAGUUUUGCUCGGCAUGCUGGCCCUCGCGUGCCUCCCCACGACCAUCGCCUCCAACGUGCUCAUGACGCGCGCCGCGGGCGGCGACGACGCCGCCGCAGUCAUCUCCGUCGUCGUCGGCAACGUCGCCGGCGCGUUCCUCUCCCCGCUCCUCAUCUACGCCUUCUUCCCCUCCGGCGACCCUGCCUACACCCCCUGGCGCCCCGCAGAGCCCGCCACCCUCGGCCGCAUGUACGCCGACGUCGCCAAGCAGCUCGGCCUCAGCGUCGUGCUGCCUCUCAUUGUGGGACAGGCGCUGCGCUGGCGGUGGGAGGAUAAGACGCGCAGGCUGCUCGAGGUGACGCGCCUGGGCAAGGUGUCGAGCUGCUGCCUCGUGCUGCUCGUAUGGACCACCUUCUCGGGCGCCUUCAAGACAGGCGCCCUCUACCGCCUCUCCCCGGCCUCAGUCAUCUUCAACGUCUUCCUCAAUAUGGCGCUGUACCUGAUAUUCACGGUCGUAUGCUUCCUGUCCGCACGUCCUCCGGCCUUCCUGUGCGCUCUCGGUACCCCGCCCUCUCCCUCACCAUCUCCGUCCUCCACGCCGUCAUCCGCCUCGUCGCUUCUCACCCGCCUCUCCCGACGCAUUCUCUCCCUCAUCUUCCGCCGCAUGCCCCGCGAGCAGGUCGUCGCCGUGUGCUUCUGCGGUGCUGCCAAGACCACCAGCUUGGGCAUCCCGCUCGUAGCCGCCAUGUGGAGCGCCAGCGAUGACCUGACGAGGUCUCUGAUCCAGAUCCCGGUGCUGCUGUACACGAUCGAGCAGGUGUUUGUGGCGCAGAUACUCGUCUACGUGUUCAAGUGGUACCUGCGCAGGGGCCGCAAGGCCGACGCCGAGUCUGGGACCGAGUCGGGUGCGGAAGGCACUGCUGAUGCUAAUGUGCAGACUCGCGCGCAGGAACAGGAGCAGGGUCGUCCACGGGAGGACGAUGACUCUACGACACUAGUGCAGGUGGUGCCAGAAGGCAACUCGAAGGCACAGUAG